AUGACAUCCGUACAUGGAGCCAUGGCCCCAAUGAGCCCGAAGCUGAUCCGAGACCUGCCUGCUGUCUCUGACAUGGAGUUGAAGUCCUGGAAGAAAAGUCCACGUCUGGCAACCAUCGCCCUGAGCCGCCUCGCGCGUCAGCGGCGAGCGCACGAGGUUCAGCAGGCGCUUGAGGCGAUGCAAAGAAGUGGCUUGCGGCUGGAUGUCAUUCACUGGGGCGCGGCGAGCAGAGCUUUUGAGAAGCGAAACUGCUGGCCGCAGUCGCUGGCAAUGCUGAAGCGCGCAGACACGCUCGGUUUGCUCUCCAACGAGUUCAUGUUUAGUUCAGCUUUGCAGAGCUGCACCGAGAGUAGCGCCUGGCGGGUGGCUCUGGGACUUGCCUUGGAGAGCUCGCGGCUCGGGCUGGUGAAUGCAGUCUUGACCUCUGGCACCAUUUCGGCGCUCGCGCGGCGCUGGCAGCUUUCUGUCGAAGCGUUUGUUGACUUUGCGACGCGCUCCGAACCUUCAGAUUUCGCCUACACUGCCGUUAUUGCGGCCCAGGGGCAGGCAAAUCGGUGGUAUGCAGCGGUGAGUACUCUCAACAGAAUGCCUGGAGCACGGAUCGAUCCGCCCUUGGUGAGCCACAGCGCAGCUUUAGAUGCUUUUGCUUGGGGCAGACGAUGGAAUGAAGCAGUGGCAGCACUGCUCCAUCUGCUGACGGCUGCGCUGGUGCCGAACCUCAUCACUUUCAACUCGGUCCUGUCAGCUUGUCUCGGCUAG